CUGGGGGGAGGGGGGCAGCAAAGGGGCUGCCUGUUAUAUGUCCACCUUGCCAUGUCCCCAGUGAGGGCAGCCUUCGGGAUCCCUGCCCGCCACUGAUGGUGGCAGAGGCGUUGAGGCCCUGAGGCUGCAGCCAGGAGGGAGAGUACCUUGCCCUCGAUGACCCCGCGUGGGUCUCCUCUGAAGCUGCUGCCUGGCUGCUGCUUUCAAACACCUUCAAGUCGUCUCUUCAACAGCAACAGAGUGGGCAUGGUCGUGGACCUUUCCCUUAGACAUGUCCUGCGUGGGCACCAUGGAGCGGCUCUGUCCUAACAGCGUGGAGGAGGAUGGUAGAGCGCAGGCUCGUCCUACUGUGGCCCUGGGGUCCACCCCCGCCCUGCCACUCACUGGGAACCUCUCCCUGGGAGUCCGUUUCCUCUUUUGAAUAAAGGGGUACAUGCCUCGUAGUUCCUGUGAAGCAGCUGGCACGCCGCCUGGCACAGAGUGAGAGCUUGGGCCCCUGCCCCAGCCCGGCAGAGGCUGUGGAGAUAGACCGUCCGGCAGCCUGGUCCCCAGGCCCCUGGCCCAUCCCUGGCAGCGGGGAGCGGCAGGUCCCACGAGGUAGCGGCGGCCUGAGCCGGGGCCCCUCCUGGGAGUGAGCCAUGGGCCAGAAGCUCUCGGGGAGCCUCAAGUCGGUGGAGGUUCGCGAGCCGGCGCUGCGGCCGGCCAAGCGGGAGCUGCGCGGAGCAGAGCCGGAGCGGCCGGCGCGGCUGGACCAGCUGCUGGACAUGCCCGCGGCGGGGCCGGCGGUGCAGCUGCGGCACGCGUGGAACCCCGAGGACCGCUCGCUCAACGUCUUCGUCAAGGACGACGACCGGCUCACCUUCCACCGGCACCCGGUGGCGCAGAGCACCGACGGCAUCCGCGGCAAGGUGGGCCACGCGCGCGGCCUGCACGCCUGGCAGAUCCACUGGCCGGUGCGGCAGCGGGGCACCCACGCGGUGGUGGGCGUGGCCACGGCGCGGGCGCCCCUGCACUCGGUGGGCUACACGGCGCUGGUGGGCAGCGACGCCGAGUCGUGGGGCUGGGACCUGGGCCGCAGCCGCCUCUACCACGACGGCAAGAACCGGCCCGGCGUGGCCUACCCGGCCUUCCUGGAGCCCGAGGAGGCCUUCGCGCUGCCGGACUCGCUGCUCGUGGUGCUGGACAUGGACGAGGGCACGCUCAGCUUCGUGGUGGACGGCCAGUACCUGGGCGUGGCCUUCCGCGGCCUCAAGGGCAAGAAGCUGUACCCGGUGGUGAGUGCCGUGUGGGGCCACUGUGAAGUCACCAUGCGCUACAUCAACGGCCUCGACCCCGAGCCCCUGCCGCUGAUGGACCUGUGCCGGAGAUCCAUCCGCCUGGCCCUGGGCCGCCAGCGCCUGCCGGACAUCGGCUCCCUGCCUCUGCCUCAGUCUCUCAAAAACUACCUGCAGUACCAGUGAGCAGGGCUGGGGGCGCUGACGGGCAGCCGUGGGCGUGCCGCUGGCCCGGCCUCUCUUUUCACGGGGCGCACAGAACAUUCAGGAAGGGGUCUUUCUCACCCCGCUUCCCCAGAACUUUGUUCUUUGACAGGCCAGUACGCAUUCCCAACUGUAAAAAUGAAUGUCUGUGGCCAACAGUAUUGGCUGCCUGAGAAGCAGCACUCCCAAGUCCCGACACCGCCUUGCAAGCCGCGAAGCACCCGGGGCCUCUGCCCGGAGGAGGAGGGCCCGCCCUCCCGCCCGCUGGACUCCGCAGCCACGGAUCGGAUCGGAUGGGAUCGGAUUGAUCCGAGAG